AUGCCGGACGAAAAGUCGGAGGACAAUAAAUCCAUGGACAAAAAGUCUAUCAUACGGAUAUUAAUAGAAAUCAAUUUAAACAUGGCACACAUUUCAACUGGAUUGAUAAGUUCAUUAAUAGUUUUCAUACUGAUAAUGCAAGAAAAUGUUUCUCGAAGAAUACCAGAAGAUGCUAUUAAUACCAAUAAUGAUUUUGAAUGUCUUACAGACAAUGACUGUUUUGAAAAAAAUAGUUAUUGUGAUAUUAGUUUAAAUUUAUGCUCUCAAUGUAUGAAUUGUAGCAUAUAUUUUAGAACAUCUAAAAAAAGUAUCGAGUGUCCAAAAGAUAUAUCAGACUGCAGUUCUUGUUUUGAUGGCUAUUUUGAAGAAAUAUUUUUUGGAGGAGAGAUUCAUGAUUUAUGCGUACCAAAUGUGUCAAUAACCUCUAACAUUUUAUUACCAACACCAGAAAAAAUUAGUUCAAAUUCAUAUUGGCAAGAUAUUGGAAUUUUUUUUUUAAUAAUAAAUAUUUUUUUAAUUUUAUUAGUGUGGACCUAUUUUUAUAAAAGAGUUUGGAAUACAAAUUCAAAUAGCAUGUCUAAUUCUGUACAAGAUAACAUGGGGAAUCUACCACCAGCUUAUGAAAGUUGCAUGAAAUUGAAUAACUAUGUUACAGAUGACGUACAAGAAUUUCAUUUGUUUACUGGUGAACAGCCGCCAAGAAACGAAUGGAGACACCAGAAUGCAGUACCAUUUCGUUUACCUGAUGAUUCACUAGAGAAUAUUAAUUGUAUGGAUGAAACUGAAAAUCUUGAAGAAGUAGAUGGAGCUGUUGCUAUGAGGGAAAUUGAAGAACCAGAAUUACAUGAUGAGGAAACCAUGCCAAGUGUCUGGUCCCCCCCACCACCACCACUACCUUCAAUAUCAGAGAUAAGGCAUGUAGAGAACAGUAAUAAUGAUGAAGAACCUUGUCAACCUCCAUUGAAACGCAUACGACUUGUUCAACAAUCUACUGAUGAUAAAAGUUAUCAAGAUGAAGAUAAUGCUUCAGACAUGUCUCAAGAUGAAUAA